AUGAAACGUGGAUAUACCACUGGAACAGCGGUUCAUGAAAUCCGUAUCUUGCCUGGGGUUAUCCAGGUAUGCGAUGCGCAAGGGACCGAUCGCGAUGGCAUGACAGGCAGGCAACAAGCGAUUCGGAAAAAGCAAACAUCGCGCUACUCAUGUGCAGAAGAGCGCCUGGCGAAUGGGGAUCUAGGCAAUGGCAGCAACAUGCCGAUGACCACUCCUCCACCGCUCAAUGCUACAUGGGCCCUUGGAGGCCAGCCGGUCCCCGUCAUAUUCGACCUAGCUCCCACUGUUGCUCCCGGUUUCGGCAUGGCUAGAGACAGUGUCCUGAAUACCGCCAACUACGGGCCGAUGGCCCUUGUUUUUGCCUCUCCUCAUUGGCAUCACAUGCGGUCACCGUCGCAAGCCAAUAAUGGCGGUACCAAAUCUUGCGAGAAAACUGCGCCGAAUUCGUCGGAGGCCUAUAUCUAUCUAUGGAUGCCUUUCCUUCUGGAUUUCCUGUUCCUCUCUAUCUUCACCUUGUCGCCUGCUCCUGGGAACUGGUUCAUUGUCCCCAAUUCUGACCGUGUUACCAGAGAUAUUCCUUCUUGCAUUCUUGUCUGCUGCUUUCUCCGUCAAUCGUUUCUCUUCCACAUACCUUUUCUAGGACAUUUCUUAGCAACCGAUGAAAUCGGGUUCCGUCCGCUUGGUUUCUGGAAACACAAUCGAAGACAGUCUCUUUUUUUGGUACAACCAACUGAUAUCCCUCCCGCUAAUCGUUCUGUACGACUUUGCGCUUCAGCGAUUCUCCCAUCAAAGCUGCAGGAAACAUUCGAAGUCUUAGCCGAAAAACCAAUUCAAGAGCCACGAGCUGGAUUUGCAGGGAACCAAGUCGUCAACGGCAAUAAAUGCUAG